UCCUGGCAGACCGAAGAAGUGAGAAGCAUGGCGGAGGUGAAGGCUGCACGGUUGUCUGGGUAUUACGGGGAGCUGAAGAAGUUUAUCGAGAAUUCAAACUACAACAAAGUAAUCAAGGUCGCUAACAAGAUUUUGGCAGAAGAUGUGAAAGAAGUGAAGGCAUGGCAGUGCAAAACGGUUGCCCUUAUCAACUUGGACCAGUUCUCUGAUGCUCUUGCCGCUGUCAUCAAGUCAAAAUUUUUCUCAGAGCUAGCUUUUGAGAAGGCUUACUGUGAGUACCGCCUCAACAAGGUAGCUGAUGCCUUCCAAACAAUCCAAGGUGCUGCCCAGUCCACUCCCAGGGUACUUGAAUUGCAGGCUCAGAUUCUCUACCGCCUUGAAAAGUAUGAUGAAUGCCAUGAGGUGUACAGGGACAUCAUUCGUACCACGAGUGAUGACUUUGACAUGGAGCGGGAGACCAACAUGACAGCAGUUUUAGUGAAUCGCACCGUUGAAGGAGAGCAAGAUGAGGGGCAAGUGCCAGUGGUGGAUGACAAUGCCUCGUAUGAACUGAUCUACAAUGGUGCAUGCCGUCUUUUGGCGGCAGGGAGACUUGAACAAGCUCUAGAGAAGCUUCAGAAUGCGGAGGAACAGUGCCGGACCUAUCUCACUCAGGAGGAAGGGGCGACUGAGGAUGAGGUCAAUGAGGAAGUGGCAAUCAUAAGGGUGCAGCAGGGCCACUGCUUGCAACACUUGGGGCGGGAGCGAGAGGCCUUGGCUAUUUACAACAGUGUGCUGAAGACUAAGCCAGAUGACCCAGCACUCCUGGCCAUCAUUAACAACAACCUGGUGUCCAUUAACCGCACUGCCAAUGUGUUUGAUUCUCGUAAGAGGAUGAAGGCAGCGACUGCCUCUGGUCUGGAGCACAAACUGACCACACGUCAGCGCUCAACCAUUGCUCUGAACCACUGUCUCCUUGCUUACCACACUAACCAGGAAGAAGUGUGUCGGACAGAAACCCAGGCCUUGCUGAAGGAAUAUCCACUGUUGACACUGAAGGCGCGGGUGAUUCAGGCUGCCCAGCUGGGAAGAGAGGGCAAGCUGAGUGAGGCCCAGGCACUGCUCAAUGGCUGCAUCAAGGAUUACCCUCAGCAUGCCAUAGAGAUCCAGCUCAUGACUACGCAGAUUUUGUUGGCAAAGGGUGAUAAGCAGGGUGCCUGUACUGUUCUGUCAAGUUUACCUGACAAAGACCGUAACCGUCCGGGAGUAGUGUCUGCCCUGGUGGCCCUGCAGGUGGCCCAGGGUGACCGUGAUGCAGCAUCCAAGGUGUUACGGGAGGCUGUCGAGUGGCACCAAAACAAUAAAACUUCAGCAUCCCAACUAGGGGAGCUGUGGAGGCAUGCAGCUGAUUUUCACUUGCGGACUGGAGAUGCUGCAACUGCUGCCAGCUCUCUUCUUGAGUUGCACAAGCUUAACCCCAAGGACACCACAACACUUGCUCAGCUCAUCACUGCCUAUGCUAGAUAUGACUUGAAGGCGGCUCAGAAGCUUUCUCGAGAACUGCCUGGCGUGGGCAGCGUAGUGGAGGGCCUUGAUGUGGAAGCCUUAGAGUCCGCUCUCGGUCAUCGGUACUUCAAGAAGAUUCAGCAAGGAAGAGGAGAGGCUUCUCCCUCUUCUCCUAAGGCACCUUUAACGCCAGGACUAGACCAGAAGAAACCAGUAGAUAAAAAGAAGGCAAAGAAGAAGAAGAGGAAGCCCCGCCUCCCCAAAGACUACAAUCCUGCUGUGACCCCUGACCCUGAGCGCUGGCUGCCACGUUGGCAGCGCAAGGGUUACCGUAAGAAGAAGGACCGUAGGGUGAAGGAGGUCAUGAAGGGAACGCAGGGAGUGUCGAGUGAGGCAGCUGACAAAUUUGAUAUCACAAAAACUGCUGGCACCCACAAGCCUGCCCAGGCUGCCAUGAGCCCUCAGCCGGAGUCCCAGGGUCCACGUCGCAAUCUUAUCAAGAAGAAAGGAGGAGGAAAGAAGAAGAAGGGUUCUGGAUGGUAAUAAAGACAUAAAAUCACAUUUGUAUCAAUGGAAGCUGAGGAAAUGUUAUUUCAAUUUACUUUUUAUUUACAUAUAAAGAAUUCUGUUUAUUGGAUCAUUUUCAUGUACAGUUUUGAGGGUGAAUCCAUGUAAAGGUUUUGAGGAUUAUGGUAUUGCUAUAUUUCCUCUUUUUCUAGUUAGCUUUUUUUUUUUUUUUUUUUUUUUUUUUGUUUCAUGCUUAUUUUUUUUAAUGAGAGCUUCUUGUAUUACUUGAGACAGUCACUGCAUAUUUCAACAACACUCAUCAUUCAUGUCAAACUUUGCUUGUGUGGCCAGUGAGUCAAGGAUACUUGCUCUCAGCAGCACUUGUGCAAUAUGAAAUAAAUUUAAGGAGAGUGAAGGGCCUCCUGAGUGUUGUGUUGGCUUCUUGUGUAUUUGGACACAAGACAAUACUGUUAUGAGUGUCAGAAAAGUAUGUUUCUCAUAUUUAUUUCAUAUUAAACAGUGAUAUAUCAGAGUAAAAUAGAAUCCCAGUUAACUGAAGCCAAAUAUUCAAGAGCUUCAAGUAACCUAAUUCUUGAUUCUGCUUUGGAUUUUAUUUUUUCUCUGAAUUAAAAUUCUUCCAAA